AGCUCGUAGAGUCCUCCUUUGCUGUGGUACUCACGACUCCCACUCUUUCCCGCUGUCGAUAACAUUCAUUCUUUCAAGUCAUAGCUUUUCUUUAUUACUAUUAUUGCUUUACUACACCCUCUACCUAUCGCCGGCACUUUAGUCUCGGGCAGUUCAUCUCUCUGUGUCUGUGUGUGUACUUUCCUUUUCUCUUGCUUCUAUCUCUUGUUGCUUCCACACACACGCACGCACACACACACACACUAGCUUCCUCCUUCGCAGAAGGUUUUUUCCUUUAACUUUCCCUCCCUCCCUUUGCUGCUGAAUUGAUUUGGCUCUUCACGCAUCUCUCUCUAUAUAUAUAUACCCUUCUUUGGUUAUCAUUAUUUACCGUUCUUGGUAAAGCGCGGACGAUACUUCGAGCAGCCACACCUCGUGACUUCUGGGGACUCGCUGUCUCCAUCUUGUGUGUGUGUGUGUGUGUGUUUGUGCCCUCGGCAGAGUGGGCAGUCGUCUCAACAUACGCAAAUAAAAUAACAAGAAUGGGGGCGCUACUCGUCACGCUUCUCCAGUGCCGUAGCAGCCAGUCUCUCUACCCCAACGUCAGCGCCACACAGGCUCGCCAGGUCACGUAUCAGCAGCCCUGUUCUGUCCCCCUCAUCACACACCCCGCGCAUGGACGGCGGCUUUCAUCGCCGUCGCCCACGGAAGAAGAAGCAGCAGCUGUCACGACAGCGAAUUGCGAUGAGCAGAACAACAGUUGCCGCAACCUUGCAGACAGUCGCGAGAGCUUUCAUGUCUCGCCCGGCAGCUCCGAGCUGGCGACAGGCCCGAACGAGAACACGCGUCGUCCCGCCGUGCUCGAGGCACUGAAGCGGCUCUCCAAGAACAUCCACAGCAGCAGUAAUCAUAAUGCAAAUACGAAUAACAAUGAAGGAGGAGGGAUCGACCACACGGCGGACGAAGCAGCUGGAAAAGACGGCAACAACGUCGUCCACGAACAGGCGACAGCAGAGGCGGCGGAGCUGGCCGUGAUGGCCCGAAAACAUGCGGUCGAGCAGCAGCAACAGGAGGAGGAGGAGGAGCUGCGCCGUCGUCUCACCCGUCCACCUCGCAUCCCUGCCGCCUCCAACGAGGGACAACAGGCGGGCAACGCGAUUUAUCGCUUCACGUUUCCCGGCGCGCCAUCAACGACGCCGGCCUCCGCGCCGCUGCCCUCGCUGACGGACCCGCCCAUCACCUCCACGACGGCGGCCUUGAUGAACACACCACCGAGGAAGGGGACGGACACGCAGCAAGGGGACAGGGAGGAUAGCCUUCUUGAACUGAGCCGAAGACACUCGCAGCACUCUGGUACAGCAGUGGCGGAUGCUUUGUAUCACAGCGGCAGCGCCGAAGAUCAGGCGACGCCGCUCUCCUUAACGCCGUUGCGGCCGAUGCUGUCCGAUCGUGCCGCUAGCAACGGCAGCUACAGCAGCAACAACAACGUUCUCCGCGAGCGUCAUCGUCUUCAUCAUCACCGCGACACUCUUCUUGUCGAUCUCGCCGACGCGGACGACGGCCAGCGCAAGCACGUACACGCGCCGACAGCGGAAGAGAAGAAGCUGUCAUCCAGGAAGCGAGACGAAGGCGUGGAAGACGCGGCGGCGGCGGAGCUUGGUCCGAUGGACUGCGCCGACGCCUUCCAGUACUUCUACGACGACGACGACGCGGCCUACCGCGCGGUGGAGAGCGUCGUCUACGCCGCACCGUCCACGGCACUGCGCGCCACGGGGCAGGACGCGGUGCGAGACUGGUACUUGCUUCAAUGUACCGCAUUGUUUGGCGGUGGCGCGGGUCCUUCUCUCACGGUGCGCGAGAGCUCGCCGGACGUCCGCGGCGACGGCCAGCGCCUCCUCUGCGCCGCCUCACCACUGGGUGCUCCCGCGUCGCUGCGAAACCCGCAGACGGAGUACCUGCUCGGUAGCCUCAACAACACCACCAAUACCGGUAUCAACAGAAGUCUGUGCUUUGAAGACGUAGAACCGAUCGGCAGCUCUGCGCAGCCGGAGGGCAGCACACGCGCUCGAAGCUGCUUCUUCGAAGUCGCAGCAGCGGCAGAGGCGUCAACGGCUGGGUCGCCCUGUCACGUCGAGCAUCCCCCCAACGGUGCCGGCCGCUUUGUCUCGCUCGUGGAGGAGAUGUACGUGACGUGUCGCCGCAUCGGCAACGCCCCGCUGGUGUGCUGGCGCUCGGUGGACCGCAUCACCUCCCUCCUGGGCCUUCCGGAGGCGUCGCGUGGGUUUUUCGGAUUGCGGAUCGGCACGAGCACCGCGGCCCUGCAGAACGCACGCGGGGAGGCGGAAGACGAUGAAUCCCACCUGCCCGGUGUCUCCGCCGCUGACGAUGAGGCUGCGGAUGCUGACGGUGCAGCGGCGACGAUGGCGAGCACUUCACCACGACGCUCGGCGGCUCGUUUCGUCAAAUCGGGGAGCCACGAGGACACGAAAAGGGAGGCGAGCACGCGCAGCGAAGCGGCACGGGCCGCCUCGCUCUACUACCUAGGUCCGCAGCAGUACCUGACCGGCUCGGUGUGGUGGUCGCGCGUCGAGGCCUUCAGCUGCGGCCUGCGCAGCAUCGGUUUACGCCCCGGCAACUUCCUCGGCAUCGUCGAGGACACGCGGUGGGAGUGGCUCGUCACGUGCUACGCGGCGUGGAACAGCGGCCUUGUCGUGGUCGUGUUCGAUGACGCCCAUCGCACCCUGCGCCGCGUGGCGAUGGACACGUGCGGUGAGAUGAAGGCGGUUGUGUGUAACCCACAAGUGCACCACCGGCUGCGCAGACACUUUGCCCACGCCGCGAUGCGGGCCGCGCGGCACGCUCAACAGGAGCAGCGGCACGCAAACACGCGCAGCAGCGACAUCAUCAGUGAGAUGAACGGCAGUGUUGCCACUGACGAUGGUGGAAGCAGUCAUCGAAACACACACGAGGAUGACCGCAGCGGACAGAAGUGUGCUGCUGCUGCUGCUGAUGUGGAGUUGGAAAACGCCUGUCUCCACAACAGCGAUGCGGCGACGUCGGCAUCGACGAACACCAGCGCACAUGAGCAAAUACAGCUGAAGCACGCCUCUCCUCUCUUCAUCGUGGUGCGCUCCGCUGCGCCGGCCCGCGACGGGGCAGACGGCGGAGGACAGAAGAAGCCGAAGCGCCAUGGCCGCUCGGCUCACCGCACCGACGACGGCGUGUCGCACGCCGCUGCCCCUACUGCACCUUUUUCUUCAGCAACAACAUGCGACGUGCCGCGUCCAUCGCAACAAGGGCCGUCCGCUGGUCAUCCUUCGCCUCCGCAUUCACAUUCCCAUCGUCAUGCGCAACGUCGCCGUGCCUCGGAUUUCAUCGAGGGGCCACAGCACCGGGACACGGCGGAAGCUCGCCGACACACCCGUGACGACGACAGCGGAGAAGACGAAGUCGAGAUCGCGGAGGACGAAGAGGAGGAGGAGGAAGAGGAGGCGCUGUGGUGGAGCGACAUCCUGUCCUACGGCGAAGCGAAGCUGUCCGCGUGGCGUCAACGACAGGCGCGGGAGAGACGGCAGCGUCAGCAAAAGCAAGCACGUCUGCGCUUCCAACAGCAGCAGCAGCAGCAGCAGCGACAGCGAUGGGCGCGGAAUGAGACAACGGCAAGCAUGAAUAGCAGCACGCACGACUCAAGCAGUACGGCGACACUGCGACGGCAGCCGGGUGGUACACCCGCCAACUCGACGACGGGUGGCGCCGGCUCGCGCGACGGCAGCGCGAUCGUCACGAGCAUCACCGCGCCCACGCAUGGCUGGGCAGCCGUCACGACGUGCACCACCGCCACCACCACCGCGGCGACGGCAAGCGCAAACGCGUCUGCCGGGAUGACGUCUGCGUCCACCGCACCGACCACCGCAUGCCAGCAACUCGACGCGGUUGGUGGGGGUGGAGGAGGAGGAGAAGUUGUGGGCUUCGUCCCCGCCUCCUCGGCGACACCGCAAGGGGGUCCUCCUGCACAAAGACCCGCAACCGGCGUCGCGACGGCGGCAGCGGUGGCUACCGUCUUCAAUGUCACCCAUCCCGUCGCGUCACCUUACCUGGGUCCAAACCCCACGACGGCGGCGACGGCGCCGCCAGGUCAGCACAGCAGCAGUAGCAGCAGCGGCAACAACUACACGAGCCGCCCUGCACAGCUCCCACUCGCCCCGCUGCGGCCGGAUGACCUCGCCUUUGUGUUUUACACCGCCGGUGAGCCGAAGGGGGUGUUGCUGACCCACGGCGCGCUGAAGGCGUCCAUGGCGGCGCAGCAGGAGUACUUCGACACGACAGACAUCGGCGUUGACGAUGGACUACGGAGAGGCAGGGAAGGCGGCGGCCACCUCGGUAGCGUGGAUAGCAAGAACGGCGGUAACGGUGGUGGUGGCGGAACUGAUAACGGCAACGGCAGCGGCGAGGGCAGACUCGCGCGCUAUUACGCCAAUGCCCGCAUGCCGGCCCUGCGCUCCCGCACCGCGCCCGCCGGUCGCCCCUCCUACCUCGCCUACCUCCCCAUGCAUCACAUCUCGGAGUUCAUCGCGCAGGCGACGCUGCUGACGCGCGGGGUGCUGGUGUGCUACGGCACGCGCCGCACCUUAUUCGACGCCUUCGCCUUGCCACACGGGGACUUGACGGAGUACAAGCCAACGAUCUUCCCCGCGUUGCCGGCGACCCUUGCCCGGUUGCACCGCGCCGUGCAGGCGAUGCUCUCGACCGGGUACCGCAAGCUGCUCUUCGAGGUCGCCUACGAGGCGCGUCGACAAGCAAUUCGACGCGGUCUGCAGUCCCCGUUUGUGCUGUCGACGAUCUUCGCUCAGCCGCGCGAGCUGCUUGGCGGCCGCUGCCGGCUCGUCCUCUCCCGCGAAGCCCCGCUGCACCCGCGCGAUCAGGAGUACCUCGAGGUGGUCUGUGGGGUGUCGGUGGUCCAGCAGUACGGUCCUGCGGAAACGGCCGGCAGCGGCCUGCAGCAGGCGUACUGCGCGGGGCACCUAGACACGAUUGGGGGGCCCCUGGGGCCGGUGCUGGUGAAGCUGCGAGAUGUAGCCGGCGGAUGGACGCAUCAGGGUGGGCGUCCAACCGGGGAGUUGGUGCUGCGCGGCCCGACGGUCAUGGCGGGUUACUACCGACAGCCGGAGCUGACGGCCGAGGUGCUGGAGAAGAACGGGUGGUUUCACUCGAGUAUGGUAGCGGAGAGGUGUCCUGACGGUGCCUUUCGCCUGGUCGCGUCUCUGCGGCCCCAUCACGCAUGCACCAGCAACGGUCAGUGCAUCGACCUCGAGCAGCUCGAAGCGCGCUACGCAAGUCACCCGCUGUGUACUCCCGGCGGGGUCUGCCUGCUCGUCCACCCAUAUCGCCGGUACAUAUGCGCGUUGGUGCUGACCAACGAGAGGCGUGCUCGCGCGUUUGCCGCGGCGGCGACGGCGCAGAGCCCGUUCGCGUUUUCGCCUUCCUCGACCUCCUCUCCGGCCACGACGACGACGACCAUCACCACCACCACGGCCGUUUCACCUCCACAGCAGCUGGCAGCUGCUGCUGCUGCGUCGUUGUCUUCGCUCUCGUCACCUUGUGCUCCGACGUCGCCCUUCGCUGCCCUCGCGAGUGCCGCGGCAGAGCACGGGUGGUGGCCGCAGUGCCUGCGUGAUCCUGCGCUGCACAGCGCCGCGGCACAGUCCUUGGUGGCGUGGGUCACCGACCCUCACGGCGGCGGUGGUGGUGAUGGUGGUGUCGCCCCGCACGAGCGCGUCCGGCAUGUUCGCGUGCUGUACGACGUGUGGGACACCGCGCGACACACGCGGACGGCGACCGGCCGGCUCUUUCGCUACGGCCUUCACUGCCGUUACAGCGGAGUUAUUUGCGAGUUGUUUGCUGAGCCGGAUUGA